AUGCGUCGAGUCCAUCUUUUCACGAUUAUUCAACUGUUAUCGAUCGGAGCACUGUUUCUGGUUAAGCACAUAAAAACUAUAUCAAUGAUAUUCCCAUUAAUGUUGGUUUUCAUGGUCAUGAUACGUAUGUUCAUUUUGGAGAGAAUAUUCACUCGAUCAGAAAUGGCCUCACUUGAUGAUUUGCUGCCGUCGUUCAAACAGGUGGUCAUGCCAAAUUCAUCGAGGCGAGGGCAAAGAGAAAUGAAGGAGCUGAUUGUACACAAAUGA